CGGCUCACGUCAGCUGGCAGUACGUGCGUGGCAUCGGCUGAGAGCAGACGAACGGUUUGCAGUUGAGUUAUCGGUUUUCUAUUGCCCACAGCCCCCGCUAGACAUUGCCCCUCCACAUAUGGUUUGUAUAUGGAGACGGAACAUUGAAUCUCAAUCUGGUAUUUCACACGACUUGAAUUCAUUAUGGAUUUUGAUGAGAUUCUGGCCAAAUGCGGUAAUAGCCAUCGGUAUCAGUACCUUCUACUUGGACUGUACAGUUUAUUGAUGUUCGUCACAUCGAUGCACAACUUCUCACAGAAUGUGAUCAGUUUUGUGCCCGAUCACUGGUGUUACCACGAACAGCUGGAGAGUCGCAACUUCUCACAGAUCGAGGCUAUAUAUAAUCAGUUCGAGGAACCUUCAUGCACUCGUCUGACGACAAUCGAUUUGGAUGGAGGUAAUGCGACAAUCAGUAAUAAUCGAUGUGAUCGUUGGAUUUAUAACUAUGAUUAUGGUUUUCGAAGCAUGAAUACUGAGCUGAAUUGGGUCUGUGAUGCGGCCUAUAAAGCGCCGGUGGGACAAUCGUUCUUUUUUGUGGGUUCCAUGUGUGGAACGCUGAUCUUUGGAUUCUUGGGUGAUAAAAUUGGACGCAUUAAAGCUUUAAUAUUAGCUAAUUUGUGUGGCUUUUUUGGCGACUUCUCUACGAUCUUUACGGACAAUCUGAUAGCGUUUUGUAUUACCCGGUUUGUCUCGGGCUUAGCAAUUGAUGCUAACACCUAUCUCAUGUUUAUUCUUGUACUGGAAUAUGUUUCUCCCUCUAUGCGGAAUUAUGGCCUAAGCCUGAGCAUGGGUGUAUUUUAUUGCCUCGGCAUGAUUUGCUCCUCGUUGCUGGCUGUUUGGAUGGGACAUUGGCAGAAGUUUCUGGCUUGCUCCUCGAUGCCUUUACUCUUGGUCAUCCUUUUCUAUUUCCUGGUUCAGGAGAGUGCUCAGUGGUUGGUCACCAGAAAUGAUAUUGAUGGAGCUGUCACGCGAUUAAAGCGCGUGGCGAAGAUUAAUCGGCAAAGCAUAAGUGAAAGUGAUGUUAAUGCAUUCCGCAGUUAUUGCCAAAAGUCGCAGGAUAAAAAGCAGGAACAGGACAAGUUCCAGGACCUGCUUAAGAUGCCACAUUUACGAAAAACCUUCUUCAAAAUGCUGACCGUAUUCAUGAUCAUCACCGUCUGUUUCAACAUCAUGUCCCGCAAUGUGGAGGGUCUGGGCAUCUCGCCCUUCGUCAUGUUCUCGCUGUCCGCAUUGGCGUUGCCUUUUUCCGGAGUCGUUCAAGCCAAUAUUCUGAAUCGCAUUGGUCGAAAAGGAUCCACGGUCAGUGCAACAUUACUCACUGGAGUAUUUACAGCAGCCAGCGGAAUUGUGCUGUCAUUUUGGCAGGAUGCCAGCGUAAUUCUCCUGGUCACAUUGGCGCUCAUCUCUCGGUUCGGCGUUUCCAUUUGCUUUGGAUCUACGCUAUUGUUUUCCACCGAACUUGUGCCAACAUGUGUGAGAUCCCGUGCUUUAUCUUUGGCCCAUGUGGCUGGAGCGGCUGCCUCCCUUCUAUCGCCCUACAUUGCGUACUUGGGAACCAUUUACAAAGCAGCUCCUUCAAUUAUAUUGUGUUUGAUGUUCUUCAUCUGCGCUUAUGUUUGCCUUUUGCUGCCGGAGACCGCACACCGCAAGUUGCCCAUCACAUUAGCGGAGGGGGAGCAAUUGGGCAAAGGGGAUCGCAUGUUUGACUUCCUAAAAUCCUCAAAGACAAAAACGAAUGUCGAGGAAGAACUCGAAGCAAAUACAUGUCAGAAACUGAUGUCCUCAUAAAUAAUCUUAACUAUUACUAAGUAAGCUGCGGCAGCUUUAAUUUCUCUAUGUGAGGUAUGAUUAACUCAAGUAUGCCCUGUGUUCAAAUAUCAGUUUAAAUCACGCGCCAAACAGUCAAGAAACGUGAGAAUAUUUAUUGUUGAUAGUUACUCAGUAAUUUCCAUUUUAAAACAUUUUUGCAAAAUUGUUUUUACCUUAUUUACGUUUAUCAACAAUAUUUUUAAUUUUUUUUUCACUGCUUAUAAAACUGUGUAUACAAUUAGGGAAAUAUGUUCAUAAACUUUGUAGUGGUAAUAGGCUAUCAAUUGAAUACACUUGAAAGUUGAUUCCAAACACU